AUUGUCAAAUCAAUUGGCGGCGCAACUAUCCUUCUUCUCGUUUGUUCUUUACUAUCAUAGAACGCCCCCCGGCCGUCACACUCGCCGUAGGUCUAAUGUCUGCAGCCGAGAUGAACUGGGUAGAAUCCACCGAGGCGCCUGCGAGGGAUGCAGACUUUGAGACAUGCUGGAAUUUUAUUGCGGCUGGUGUCAAGCGGAUCGUGGUCGCACAUAACAAUCACUUUCGAUCAAUAUCAGAUCAAUACUAUGGUCUACUGUAUAACACAAUCAACAACUGUUGUACAUCGCCACCUAUAAUGGAAGGGGACGGUGCCACUGCCCAGGACGAAGAACCCAAACGUCCGGCUCUGUUACUAUACGAACGCUUACAGUAUCGAUUCUCUGAUUAUUGCAGACCAAUUGCGGAGGAACUGGACUCGCUGCCUGACGAUCAACUCUUCCAGGUAUACGCUCUUCGAUGGGGGAGAUACACAGCAACAGCUACACAUCUCGAUAGGCUGUUUAGCUGCUUCAAUGGGAACUGGACUAGGCAUCAGCAUAUUGCAAAGAGAGAUAGCGUGUUUACCAUUGGUAUGCUGGCGCGAGUAACAUGGAAACAACAUGUCUAUCAGCAUUUGGUUGAAAGGGGUAGAGAUUCCCUCAUAUAUAAAGCUCUGAUAAACCAAAUAGAACAAUAUCGUAAAGGCCAAGAUGUUGAUACCGUAAUGCUCGAGCAAGCCAUUGACAGCCACGCUUAUUUCGGUCUGAUACGACCUAGAGUUCUCGGAUUGGCCCCUCAUUCUCCAUAUCUAGUCUCCUCAGGGCCAACGGUGGCGACGUAACUAAAAGAAACUUCAUUUUUGUUCAGUAAUUGGUGCGGUUGUUGAGGCUGAACUUUCCUGGUUAAUCCAGAGAAAAAGGACAACAAAACGGACAAUGAGCAUUGAACAUAGCAAGCUGCUGUACUAUCAGCAUAUGGUGUACAUUUCGUGAAGUUUUCAAUGAUUUUAUAUUUUAGGCAAACCGCAGCAUUUGGUAGGUACAUGACGGUCCUGAAAGGGUACCAAAAAAAAGGAAGAAUUGCGACUAUUCGCCCAGUCCUCUGUAGUGACCCUUCCCUAUGUUGUCCGUCGAGGGGCUUGUGUCGAGCCUAUCCCUAUGUCGUGCGCCGUGCAUUAUUGAAUGGUCACUGGAGUGCUUGGAGCGCGACGCAGCAUAAUGCACACAUCAUUCAGCUUUUCGGCCCACAGCACAGUAUCCGACUCCAGCUACAUCCCUGACAUAAUCGCAUACAAGGCUGAAUUCUAUGACCAUGUCGUUUCUCAUCUUGAGGCUCUCUUAGAAGGUGAAAGAUAUUGGGUAACCAACCUCUCUCAAGCUUCCGCCAUCCUCUACCACUCCUUCCUUGCCUGUUCAAUAUACGGAGGUGACGCCCAUUCACCGGUGGUCAACUGGUGUGGAUUCUACCUUCAGCCCCCAGCGCACCCAUCAUCAUCGUCUUCCUCUUCUCCAUUACUUUUAGGACCGUACCACGGUCGCCCCGCCUGUCUCUCAAUCACCCCUACACCUGGCAAAGGAGUCUGUGCCGACGCAUUUGUCAACCAAGCUACUCUGAUAGUACCGGACGUCGAGACAUAUCCAGGGCAUAUCGCUUGUGAUGGAGACACCAAGUCAGAAAUUGUUGUGCCUCUGAGGGAUGGAGAUGGGAAGGUAAUUGGUGUUCUAGAUUUGGACUCCACCCAACUCGCGACAUUCGACGAAGACGACAAAAAGGGAUUAGAGAGAGUCGCGGAGGUUCUGGCGAAGGGCUGCGACUGGGUCUGAUGGGCAUUUCAAGUGUGGCAUAAGGGCAUAGAUACAUUACAAAGUAUGAAGCAUGGGAA